GUGUGUAAUAAUGAAAUUUGUGUGGGGUUACAUUGGUAAUUAUAGCGUAGGAAUUACUCCAUUCUUGCCAGCUUCCACACAUACUCACAGGUGGGUUACCCACUUACCCAUAGAUAUUUUUCAUUCUCCGCCCCUCUUCUUUCUCAACUCGCUGCAAUUAGGGUUCCGACUUUUUACGAGCUUGGCAAACUUCCCAGCAGGUGAGAUGAGGCCAGUUUUCUGUGGAAACUUUGAGUACGACACUAGGCAGAGUGACCUGGAGAGGCUCUUCAGAAAAUAUGGAAAGGUUGACAGGGUGGACAUGAAGUCUGGUUUUGCUUUUGUGUACAUGGAAGAUGAAAGAGAUGGCGAUGAUGCCAUACGGGGACUUGAUCGACUGGAAUUUGGUAGGAAGGGGCGUAGGCUUCGUGUUGAGUGGUCAAAGGAAGAACGAGGCAGACGCCAUGAGAGUUCCAGGAAAUCUUCUGGUGGUGGUAGUACAAGGCUUUCAAAGACUUUGUUUGUCAUCAACUUUGAUCCCUACCAUACUAGGACAAGGGACUUAGAGAGGCACUUUGAGCCAUAUGGUAAAAUACUCAACAUAAGGAUCAGAAGGAAUUUUGCAUUCAUUCAAUAUGAAAUGCAAGAGGAUGCCACCAAAGCAUUGGAUGCCACAAACUUGAGUAAAUUGAUGGAUCGUGUCAUUACGGUGGAAUAUGCUAUCAAAGAUGAUGAUGAGCGGAAAAGUGGAUAUAGUCCUGAUAGAACUCGUGACAGGUCUCCUAGGCGGGGUUAUGAUCGUGGUCGGUCUCGAAGCCCUUGUGGGAGAGAGAGGGCCAGUCCUGACUAUGGUCGUGGUCGAGGCCGUAGCCCCAGUCCAUAUCGUCGAGAAAGGCCCAGUCCUGUUUAUGGUCGUAGCCCUAGUGGAAGUCCAAAUCACAAGGGAAGGGAUUCUGAACAUGCCCGUGGGCGUAGUCCAAAUGUUAGGAAGGAGAGGAAUUCUGGUAAUGGUAGUGCCCACAGCCUGAGUCCUCGACAGGAGAGUCCUGCUCCUGGCAAUGGCCGUGCUAACGGUGAGCUCGAGGGGGGAAGUCCUGAUUAUGCUCGUGAACACAGCCGCAGUCCUCACAGAGAAAGGCAAGAGAAGUCCAGUCCUGAUGGCUAUCGUCAUGGUGGCAGCCCAAAUUUAAAGCAUGAAGUUAUGGAUGGCCCUGAAUAUGGGGGAGAAAGUCCACCUGAAAGAUACAGGAGUGGUUCAGCCUCAUCGCGAGAGAGGUCUCGUUCCUGAAUAUGUUGCACAAUUACCUGGUAUUUGGAGCAUUUUUCAGUUGGGCAUGCCCUUGAUGAAGUUGCUUUAUUACAGGAAUAGCCGAGUGUUCUGGUCAAGUGUAAUGCCAUUUCUAAGAACUGUUGUUGAUCAAAUCAACAUUGUAGUAGUUUCUGCGGUCACAUUUCAGAUGUUCUUUCAUAUCAUUUUAUUCAUGCUUCAACCAACAAACUGCAUUUGAUUGAAUUGGUUAUAUAUGUUUCUCCUUAUUUUC